CCAGAGACGCCGCCGCCGACGGCGCUCCGUUGCGCCAUAUGCAGUGAACCUCGUAUAAAAACCCGGCGAUGCCGAUGUUAAGAUAUCAGUUCUUUGCUUCAUCAUCAAGUAAGCAACACCAAAACAAAAUCAACAAAAUGAUGAAGAUUUUUGUAAUCAUCUCUACCCUCGUCGCCAUCGCCGCGGCUAAGCCCGACGUGCUGGCGGCGCCCGUGGUGGCGGCGCCCGCGCCGCUGGUGGCGGCCCCCGUGGUGACGGCGUCCAGCUCGCAGUACUACCACCGCAUCAACAACGGGCUGGCCGCGUACGUGGCCGCACCCGCCGCAUACCUCACCUCCGCACCCUACGUCGCUGCAUCGGCCCCAUACGUGGCUGCCCCUUACCCUUAUUCUGCUCCCAUUGUUGCUGUUUAAAUUGAACUUGACCAUGACUCGCUUGUGAUAUUUGGAAUAAAAUUUGGUUGCCCUGGAA